CCAAAAGCCCCAAAACCCUAACGGCCUAACCAGUAAACCCUCUAUUCCUAUCGCCAUCUCUCUUACCCUCUCUGUUGAAGAAGUUGCAGAGGAGAAAUGCCAGGUAAGGUUUCUAGGCUCAUUCUCUCCAGACUUUUCAAACCUCUCCCUCAUUCCUCUGAAAGAGUUUCGAACAAUAAUUCAACGAUACCUCUAUUGCAUCAUUUUAGCACAAUUCAUGAUGGCUACAAUGACGACGAAAAAAGGAACCAGAACCCCCAAAGUCCUCCAGAGCCAAUACCCAACAGACCAUUGAGAGGAGAGAAACAACGCAUCCCAUCCGAAAACCGUUUCCUCAGAAAAUCUAAGCUCGGUUACGAUAGUGAUGAUGAUGGUGGUGGCCAAAGAAUGAGAGGAUCUCAACGUAUUCCUCCGACCCAAUUACAAAAUAAACCCAUGAGAGGAGGAAUGAGAAACGAGAAGUCCUAUACUGACCCCUUCACCCGCAAACUCGACUUUGGCAACGAUCUCGAUAUUGACGAAAAGAUGAACCAAGCCAAUGGAAGUUCUACUGGUCAAUUUACUGAAAGAUUGAAGAGAGUUGAGAAGAGAGAGAAUCAACUGGAAAAUAGUUUCCUGGAAAAGUUCAAGAUUGGUGUAGACAAGAAGGAAGAACCGCAACAAAAUACUCCCAGCCUAACCUUUGAUACGGCUGAAGACAAAGCAGCAUACGACACACAACCACAAGAUGCGGAUGAGAUUUUCAAGAAAAUGAAGGAAACUGGCCUCAUUCCAAACGCUGUGGCCAUGCUUGACGGUCUCUGCAAGGAUGGCCUAGUACAAGAAGCUAUGAAGCUCUUUGGGUUGAUGCGCGAGAAGGCUACCAUCCCAGAAGUUGUAAUUUACACUGCUGUAGUCGAGGGGUUCUGCAAGGCUCAUAAGUUUGAUGAUGCCAAGAGGAUUUUCAGGAAGAUGCAGAAUAAUGGUAUUUCUCCGAAUGCAUUUAGUUACAGGGUCUUGGUUCAGGGACUAUGUAAAGAGAGGUUGGAGGAUGCUGUUGAGUUCUGUGUCGAGAUGUUGGAGGCUGGUCAUUCUCCAAAUGUGGCAACCUUUGUAGGCUUGGUUGAUGGGAUUUGUAAGGAAAAGGGACUAGAGGAAGCUGGAAAUGUUAUUGGGAGGUUAAGGGAUAAAGGGUUCUUUGUUGAUGAGAAGGCUGUCAGAGAGCAUUUGGAGAAGAAGGGACCUUUCUCACCGAUGGUAUGGGAAGCUAUCUUUGGGAAGAAAAUCUCACAAAAACCGUUCUAGAUUUACUUAGUUGAGUAAAAGGUUGUAAGUUCCGUUUUUUUGUUUCUUCCCAAACUGAUCUGCUAUAUGGUUUGAGGUAUAGCAAAGGAACAUUUCCAUCCAUAUUGUAUUGCUUAUCAACUUUCUAGAUACAAAAUAUGUGAUUGAAUUGCCAUGGCUGUUACAUGUCAA